AUGCCGGGUUGCAUGAAACUUCCAGUAGCUGCUGCAGCUGAGCCGGUAACAAAUUGUAUUCUUCCUUGCCGGCGUGAAGAGGGGAUUCUAUCUAUCUAUCUAUCUAUCUAUCUAUCUAUCUAUCUAUCUAUCUAUCUAUCUAUCUAUCUAUCUAUCUCAGUAGGUUCAUAUCAUUUCAUGGGUUGUCCACUUCUUUUCAUCUGUUUCAAUCUUUUCAUCUAUCUAUCUAUCUAUCUAUCUAUCUAUUUGUGUGUUUGUGCACGCUUGCUUUCGUGCAAAUUAUUUAAUUCUAUUUUAUGGACGUAUUUAACUAAUAUUGGUAUUUUAUUAUGUAAAUCUAUCUAUCUAUCUAUCUAUCUAUCUAUCUAUCUAUCUAUCUAUCUAUCUAUCUAUCUUGUUCUAAUGACUAUCUAUCUAUCUAUCUAUCUAUCUUAUUCUAAUGACUAUCUAUCUAUCUAUCUAUUUUAUUCUAAUGAAUAUCUAUCUUAUUCUAAUGACUAUCUAUCUAUCUAUCUAUCUAUCUAUCUAUCUAUCUUAUUCUAA